GGCUUUUAAAAAAGGUCUACUCUAAAUCACUUAUUUCUAUUAAUAAUUAUUAUAAAAUGGAAUUCAAAAUAAUAAAUUAAAUGUAAAAGUAAGGUAGAUAUCUGCUAGUGAAUUAGUGACUAUAUAUUCAUCGAUUCAAGUAAAAUACCAUCAAUUAUCCAACAAUGCUUUGACAUUAAAUUAUCUACACUUUCAAAAGAGACAUUGUCGAUUGUUUUGUUUUGUUUGUUAAUUUUAGAAUCUCUCUUAUUACUGUUUUCCAUCAAUUUACAUAAUUAUUUAUAUUUUAUGCAAGUAUAGAAAUUAGUGAGUUUUAUUUAUAAAAGUUUUAUUUUUACAUUUGAUAUCUAUGAUGCUAGUUCACAAGUUAUUUACAAGAAACAAGAUAGUUCUGUUUAACUGAACCAUUAAUUAAAUUUAUAACAAAAAUGGAUUGACUCGAAUAGACCUUAAUUUUUUAAGAAACUUGUUUUCAUAUUUAAUAAGUCAAAAAACAAGUAUAAAAUGGAUGAAGAGUGCAUAGAAAAAGUAUUUAUAUUUAAAUUUCCAACAUGUACAACAGACCAAGAAUACUCAUUGGAAAUACCAAUAAAAAUUCCUUAUCAAGGAUCAAUAAAAGAGCUUGUUCAUAGAAUCAUGCAAUCUUUCAAGCUGCCAUGUUAUGUUGAAAUUGAUCUAUUGAACUCAUUGGAAUCUGGUAUUAAAGAAUGGACUUUACAGUUUCAUGAUGAUAAAGCAGAAAAACUUAUAAGUGCUGUUAAAAAUGGAGACCUUUAUGUUGAAGAAAUUAUUAAAAAGUGGGAGAAACUUUACAAAGAAACAACAUCAGAGUAUGCUGAACCAAUUGGGACUACAGAUGAAGAACUCUUUGCAGCAGCUUAUCAUCGAUUAGUACAUUCACCAUCUUUAGAACCAAUUUUGCAAGCUGAACAUAAGUUUGGUAAAGAUGUUACUGAAGUUAUUACAAUGAGAGACAAAGACUAUGAGCAUCUUACUGAAAAACAAACUGAGGAAAUGCGCUCAGCUGUGGAAAAAUUAGAAACUGGAUCAACUGAGAAAUCUAUUAAUGAUAUGGCUGGAAGACAUUUUGAAGAACAAAGUUUAUUGCAAGGUCACUGGGGAUCUAAAGUAGAUGCAUUGAAACUUGAGCAGAGGAGACAGUAUCGUAAUUGGAUAAUGAGAAUGUUAGAGGAGCAGCAAACAAAUAUGGUUCCAACUCCUGUAGAAUCACCAUUGGUUCCUUUACCACCACUUUAUCCCAACUUCAAUGAUACACUUCAAAGUGAUGAAAAAAGUACAUCUGAUUACCAGCAACUUGAAGAAAGUUUUACUAUUCAUUUAGGUUCUCAAAUGAAACAAAUGCAUAAUAUUAGAAUAUUAACUGGUGAUGUUCUUGACUUUUGUAGAACAAAAAACUGUGAUUCUGAAAGUGCAGACCCUACUCCACAGAGAUUACAGACUGCAUUAGGAUUAUAUUCAAAUGAUUUAUGUGGCUUGGUACUAUUAAGUGAUAACCAUUUAGGAAGUUACACAGGAGUCACUAAAGAAUUGAUUUCCAUAUCACAAUUAACAACUGAAUUCCAUUUUCCACCAAUUGAUGAACAAUUAGAAAAAAUACGGGAAGACGUGAAAGAUGCAGUUGCUUGGAGACAAGUGCAUCAUAAAGAAGACAGUGAUUUACAACAAACAAAAAAAUCUACAUCGAGUAAAACAUUACAAAUGGGAGAUGUAUUUAUCACGAGGCAUUCCAAUUUGGCUCAAGUUCACGCAGUUUUUCACAUGGUAGUUAAUGAUAAAUUAAGAUCAGGUGAUAUUAAUUCAAGACAUCCAGCUAUAUUAGGCUUGAGAAACAUUCUAAAAACUGCUUGUUGCAAUGAUGUGACUACUUUGACAAUACCCGUCCUCUUAGUCCAUGAAAUGACAGAGGACAUGACAGUAGCAUGGUGUACUAAGAGAGCUGAACUUGUAUUCAAGUGUGUAAAAGGAUUUAUGAUUGAAAUGGCUUCUUGGGGAGGUGCAGAAUUAAAAAAUCUACAGUUUUUAGUUCCAAAAGGAAUGUCUGAAGAAGUUUUUGGAACAUUAGCAACGAUGCUACCUAGUAUAUUCCGGGUAUCAAAUCCUCUGGUUUUUAAAGCUACCAGUACACCGCAAACACCUAAAAAGUGAUACUAAAUGAUUAGUUAAUGUAAGAUGAAGAUUGCAAUAGACAAAAUAUAUCUAUUAUAUACAAUUUAUAUGUUUAAAUUAUACAGACAAAAUAAAUUUGAAUUAUUUAUUUUGAAAAAGACAUUAUUGAAUUUUUCAUCAACGCUUCAUAAUAGAAAUAAGUGUCAGUAAUCGGUGGCAAAUAAAUAAUACUUAUUUUUGUAAUAAUGUUGUUUUAUCAUGAUUGAUUGAAUUUACAGGAAUUUUUACAAACU